AUGGAUCAAUUCAACCUGGAUUUUACCUCCCGUGAUGACUCUCAGGAGGAGGGGGGUGUCUCCCUGCCGCAGUCUCUGUCCCAGGACCCCUUGAUGGCCUUUCCUAACCCGUCGGGGAAUUACGGCUACGGUGCCAUGUUGUCGCAGGACGCCAACAUCUCCCUGAAUGCCUAUGGCCGGCCAGGACCACAGGGGGAUCUGGAGGGUCGUCUCUCUAAUGUCAUGCUGGCUUAUGACACUACCAACCCGGCCAUGCAGAUGAGCCUCGAUCCCAACGCUUUCAACUACGUGCCCACGACCUACCCCGCCACCUCUAUGGGCCUCGCGCCCAUAGACCAGCCGCAACUACAUCCCUCAUAUUCGCCCUUCCAACCUUUACCACCCCACCCGCAAUAUCUUCCAUCGCCACCGCCACAGCAACACCAGCAAGCUCGGCAACUACAGCCCCAGCAACCGCAACCGCAACCACCACAGCAGCAGCCCCCGAAUGUACUCCCACCGCAUAACGAACCUUACAACAGUGCCGGCACCAACUCGUCAGGGAGCUUCGGAGAUUCUGACUUCUCCCGGGCAAGCGAUCAGUCUCAGGUCCGACCUCGAACUGUCCAAGAUCGCGUACGGCAGCCCCCUUACGGGCAAUCCACCCUGCGGCCUCUCCAGCCUCUUGCGAUCCAGCCCAAGAAACCUGUGCAGAAAGACCAGUCUCCUGGAUUGAACACUCCUGAUGCGGGCCACUCGGAGCACACGGGGAUCUACUCCAGCAGUGGCUUCGAUGUCCUGGGAGUUUUGAGCCGAGUAGCGGUUCGUCCGAAUCCCAAAAUCAAUAUCGGUGCCGUCGACUUAUCUUGUGCCUUUGUUCUUUGCGAUAUACUACGCGAAGAUCAACCGAUUGUGUAUGUGUCGGAAGCAUUUGAACGAUUGACGGGCUACACCAAAGAGGAGAUUGUCGACCGCAACUGCCGCUUCCUGCAGGACCCGAACGGCAGUCUUCAGGCUGGUAUGAAGCGGACCUUUGUUGAUGGACAGACCGUCUACCGCUUGCGGUCCACCAUCGAUGAACGCAGUGAGAUCCAGGCAAGUAUCAUCAACUAUCGCAAGGGUGGCCAGCCCUUCAUGAACUUGAUCACCAUGAUUCCCAUCCAAUGGAAUUCCGAAGCAUAUCGAUUCUAUGUCGGUUUCCAAGUCGACCUGGUCGAGAAACCGGAUGCGAUCACCAGGAGAAACCCUGAUGGCACCUACAGUAUCAAUUAUCAACGGGAUCAGCUACCGCAGUAUAUAGUACCACCGCCAGAGGUUUACCGGACGCGACCUGAUCUUGCAAUCCAAUUUGGUCAUGACGAAGUGACGGCCAUCCUCAAUGCCGUGGGUGUUCCGGGCUCCGGUUUAUCGCGAAAUUACUUGGAUCGCAUUUUGGUUGAGAACACGGAUGAUCUGAUCCACGUGCUGUCCUUUAAUGGGGAGUUCCUAUAUCUAUCACCAUCCUGUAAGCGGAUCUUGGAAUACGAUUCCAUUGAGCUGGUGGGGAAGACCCUAUCAACGGUCUGCCAUCCCAGCGAUAUUGGACCCGUGAUUCGUGACAUGCGGGCGAGCACCACCCCAGCUCCAAUCAGUGUUGUGUAUCGCAUCCGCCAAAAAUAUCAAGGGUACAUUUGGUUUGAGAGUCACGGUGCUUGGCACAUUGACCCCAACCAAGGCCGCAAGUACCUCGUGAUGACUGGCCGUCCACGACCGGUGUAUGCGUUGAAUCAAAUCGCCAGCCUGGGCUCCUCGGCGGCGCUAGCCGAAAAUGAUGUGUGGGCCAAGAUCUCCUUGUCUGGUGUCAUCUUGUUUGUGACAACCAAGUCCAAACCUGUGCUGGGACGCACCCCUGAUGACCUUGUUGGCAAGAGCCUGCAAGACCUUAUGGAGCCAGAAGAUGGGCCCGACUCCAUCUCGGAAGCCCUGGAGGCAGCUGCUUCGAUUGUUGUUCAUGAGGAUAGCAAUGCCAAUAACAAGGGGAAAAAGGAACCACCGUCGUUCCGACACCGGAUGCGACACAAAAAGGGCCAAUCACUGUCCGCCCACACCACUCUAUACGCUGGAGACUCGACAAACGGUCUCAGACCCUCAUUCCUCGUUGCUCAAAUCCGAUUUGCACGAGCAUUCCCCCCGUCUGCUGCCGCUGCCGCCGCCGCCGCCGAUGAUGCCAUGGCUGAUAUUCCCGGCACAAGCAAGAGAACCACCCUUACUACCUCCGAUCUUAACCCGCCUCGCCAGUACGGCGCUCUUGGGCAACGUAUGCCCGAUCUCUCUACCGUCAUUGGCCUGAACGGUCUGCCCACCGGGAAUCGCAGCAUCUCCCCCUCCGAUGCGCCUGCCACUCUUUUUACAGAAUUGAAUCCCACUCGCGGAUCCAGCUGGCAGAUUGAAUUGCGUGAGCUAGAAAAGCAGAAUCGAACUCUCUCCGAUGAGCUACAGCGCCUGCUGAACCGACGCAAGAAACGCAAGCGGAAGCAGAUCGCAAUUUCCGUGGAGAAAUCGUGUUCGAUGUGCAACACCAAAAACACCCCCGAAUGGCGUCGUGGUCCGAGCGGGAAUCGAGACCUGUGUAACAGCUGUGGGUUGCGAUGGGCGAAACAGAUGCGAAGUCAAAAUCAACCUCAAGCAUCGUCAUCGGCCCAAGAACUGAAGUCGGCAGUCUGA